AUGGCCCCGCGCCUGGGACGGUCGGAGCUCCGGGGGCCGCCGCUGCUGCCGGGGCUGCUGCUCGUGGCGGCGGCGCUGAGCCGGCCCGCCGCCGCCUGCCCCUUCCAGUGCUACUGCUUCGGCAGCCCCCAGCUGCUGCUGCGCUGCGCGCCGGGCGCCGAGCUCCGGCAGCCGCCGCGGGACGUGCCGCCCGACGCGCGCAACCUCACCAUCGUGGGCGCCAACCUGACGGUGCUGCGCGCGGCCGCCUUCGCCGGCGGGGACGCGGACGGGGAGGAGGCGGCCGCCCGCGUGCGCCUGCCGCUGCUGACCGCGCUGCGCCUCACGCACAACAACAUCGAGGUGGUCGAGGACGGCGCCUUCGACGGGCUGCCCAGCCUGACGGCGCUGGACCUGAGCCACAACCCGCUGCGCGCCCUGGGCGGCGGCGCCUUCCGGGGGCUGCUCGCGCUGCGCUCGCUGCAGCUCACCCGCGCGCUGGCGCGGGGCGGCCCCGCACUGCUGGCCACGCUGGACGACGCGCUCGAGCGGCUGGACGAGCUGCGCUUCCUCGGCCUGGCGGACAACGCGCUGAGCCGGCUGCCGCCCGCCGCGCUGAGCCGGCCGCACCUCGAGCAGCUGGACGCGCGCCUCAACGCGCUGGCCGGCCUGAGCCCCGACGAGCUGCGCGCGCUGGAGCGCGAUGGCGGCCGCCCCGCUCCGCGCCUGCUGCUGGCGGACAACCCCCUGCGCUGCGGCUGCGCCGCGCGCCCCCUGCGGGCCUGGCUGCGCAACGCCACGGAGCGCGUCCCCGACGCGCGGCUCCUGCGCUGCGCCGCCCCGCGGGCGCUCCUCGACCGGCCUUUCCUGGACGCGGACGAGGCGCCGCUGCGCUGCGACGACGGCCCCGGGCGCGGGGAGGACGUGGACCUCGCCGGCCCCGAGCUGGAAGCCUCCUACGUCUUCUUCGGGCUGGUGCUGGCGCUCAUCGGCCUCAUCUUCCUCAUGGUGCUCUACCUGAACCGCCGCGGCAUCCAGCGCUGGAUGCGCAACCUGCGCGAGGCCUGCCGGGACCAGAUGGAGGGCUACCACUACCGCUACGAGCAGGACGCCGACCCGCGCCGCGCCCCGGCCCCGGCCGCCCCCGCGGGCUCGCGCGCCACCUCCCCGGGCUCCGGCCUCUGA